AUGCUGGUGACCUAUUUGGAAGCCAGCCGGGACCUUUGCGAGACGGACUCAAUUCUUUUUGGCGCCGCGCUGGCAGUCUGCCGUAUCAUAGGCGCCAAGGUUUCCACGGCUGGACGCGCUACUGGCCAUAGUAGCGCUAUCCCAGCAUGGAGAAGAAGAAUUGAGGAACGUAUCGCAAAAGCUAGAGCUCUCAUCGGCAGACUGAUAUGCUUCAGAUCAGGCAACAACAGGCCAAGAAUUGUGCGCUCCGUCAGGAUGGCGUUUGCUGGGACAAAUGUCAGUUUGUCCCAGCCGGAUAUAACGCAAAAACUGACGGAGCGCAUAGAUGAUCUGAAGCAGAGAAUCGCUGCUUGGGGAAAGCGGAUUCGGCGAUAUACCGAGAGGUCGACACGGUUCAACCAGAAUCGUCUCUUCCAGAGUGAUCAGAAGAGGCUCUAUGAAUCAUUGGAGCGACCAAUGGUAAGUGGAACGGGUCCAGCACCGAAUCAGGCCGACACUGUAGCAUUCUGGCGCGGCCUGUGGUCAGAGCCCGUAAACCACAGCGAGGGCCCUUGGACGGAAGUUGUGGCGAGUCAGUGUGCGGGUAUUACGCCCAUGAACCCCGUCAUCAUAACGCCGGAUGACGUAGCUGAGGCGGUCCGUAGGGCCCCGAACUGGAAAAGUCUAUCAGCCUGGAGAAAAAGAAUUGAGGACCGUAUCGCAAAGGCAAGGGCCCUUAUCGGCAGACUUACAAGCUUCAGGUCGGGUAAUAAUAGACCGAGGAUUAUGCGCACCGUUAGGAUGGCGUUUGCUGGGACAAAUAUCAGUUUGUUCCAACCGGAUAUCACGCAAAUCUAA